AGAGACUCGGAGUCCUGCGAGCAGUAGUGGGAGCGCGAUGCUCACACGCAGUCUGCACCUUUAUGCUUCGGCAGCGCCACUGCACACAGCCCAGCACUGCUUUCCUGAACUAUAACUCGAAAAAGAUCUUCUCACCCGUUUAUGGAUAAAACCGGCAUAUAAAGUCAAAAAUAAGGAUACAUCGUCCGAAUGCUGGAUACGUUCAUAUCAUCUGUAGUUCACGUGAGUGCGACAACUAAGGCGAAUCCGUGAUGCGUUGAUUGCAGGAGAAAUGGAGAACCGAGAAUGUAUUUUGUUAAUUUCCUCUGUCCUCCGUGAAUUAAAUUCAAUACGUGGUUAAAGUUUUGUACUUUUAGGACUGGAUAAAAAUUUAAAAUAUUGUUUUACAACAUCCAGAGAGGUUAAUUGACCUGCUGUCAUUUAUGUAUUUGGGCCAUUAGGCUUUGGAAAAAUGGCGUUUUUUCUACCCCAGGACUUCCAGAAUAACUUUUUGUGUGUCAGAUAUUUUUCUUUUUUUUUCCACCCCGGUUUCUCGUAUUUACUGACAAACUAAACUGCUGACCAACUAAAAAAAUGGACAUGCGCCAUAACAUGUCAAACUCCGAGACAGAAAUGUAUCCUCUGGCUACUGGUUUAUGGCUGACGCUGCUCUUGGCCAUAAUCUUUAUCACCAUCACCAUCGUGUUGGGUAACCUGCUGGUGAUCACGGCCAUCGCCCACAAUGCCUCGCUGCAGACCACCACGAACAUCUUCAUCACAUCGCUUGCUUGCGCCGACCUUAUUGUCGGUGUGGCGGUAGUGCCCCCCGGGGCCGCUAUACUGCUGACGGGGGAGUGGCCUUUGAGCAGGAUGGCCUGUGAUCUCUGGACAUCGGUGGACGUGCUGUGCGUGACGGCCAGCAUCGAGACGCUGUGCGUCAUUGCCGUGGACCGCUACGUGGCUGUCACACGGCCGCUCCGCCACAAAGCCUUGCUCAGCAAGCGGCGAGCCCGGCUGGCUGUAUUUGCUGUUUGGCUCGUGUCGGCACUCAUCUCCUUUGUGCCAAUCAUGGGCCAGAUGUGGCGCGAUGCCAACGACGUCAAGGCGAAUCAUUGCUACGACAACUCGACCUGCUGCGACUUCAUCACCACCAAGGCGUACGCCGUCGGCUCCUCCGUGAUCUCCUUCUACGUCCCCCUGCUGGUCAUGACCUUCCUCUACGUCCACGUCUUCCUCGUGGCCAGCCGCCAGGUACGCCUCAUACGGAGGAGCCGGCAGCGAUUCCGGGAGAAGCCCGCGUUGGAGGCCCCGUCUGAGAUGGCGUGGCAUGGCGAGGCAGAACAGGGCAGGAGCAAGAGGAGGUCAACUCUCCUGGCAGCGGUGGGAGAGCACCGGGCGAUGAAGACGCUGGGCAUUAUCAUCGGCACCUUCACCCUGUGCUGGCUGCCCUUCUUUGUGGCCAAUGUGGUCAGCGUCUACAAACGCGAAGUGCUGUCCAUUCUGACCUUCCGCCUACUCAACUGGAUGGGCUACCUCAACUCGGGGCUCAACCCCAUCAUUUACUGCCACAGUCCCGAGUAUCAUGCAGCCUUCCGGAGCCUGCUGCUGGGGUCCUGGCUACCGUCCGCCACACUCUACAAAGGCCUCAGAUCCUGGUGCCCCUGCUCCCCGGGUCCCAAAGAGAUAGGGGCCCCCAGGGGGGGGCUUCUGCCAGAGCCGCCUGCCGUCUGACCGUGGCUGAUGAUGACUUAGGACUUCCACAGGACUCACAGGGAAGUUUGUCGGACAAGACACCUGCAAGCCAGCUGACUGUCCUGGAUACCCUGACACCACCGUGGACCUACCAAAGUGCAUUCUGAUUGGGCAUCUCAGCGCUGAUGAUGAUGUUUCUCACCAACCAACGCCCCAGGCCCUUAUCACCAGCCGACUGCACUUUCCUUAGUGUGCUGGCUGAUACCGCCCUCUAGUGGCCACUUGUAGCAGUCUCACACUCUUUGCUCAACACAAUGUCUCGAGAUUUUUUAUUUUUUUUUUACCACAUGGAUAUCAGCUGGUGGUACAAUAUGGGCAUCCGUUGGUUUUGACUGACAGGAGCAAAUGUAGCAUGAAAUUUGCGGUGGAACUUGUCUUAAAUUAUUUGGUAUCAGAUCUUUCGCUGAGUUUAUCUCCAGACAAUCUCAUGUCAUUAUUGAAUAAGGUCUCGACCGAGAUAUUUACUUGCUUUGCAUGAACACACUUGGUCUUAAAAGGCAGGCAGACAUCCCAUGCCUGUAUUCAAUGUGGAUAUUCUGCCCUGGCAUUCAGAACAGGCUUUCCAUGGAAACAUUGUUUCCAGAUGUUCCACAUGGAUGUUCCAUGCAAAUAUUCCUUGCCGGUGUUCUGUAUGAUCGUUCAGUGCAGAUGUUCCGUGUUCAAUAAACACAGACCAAUCAGCAACUGCUUAUAAGCUGUGACAAUCAGAGACUGCAAACCACAUGGAGACCUCUCGUCUACAGAUACUGUAACAUCGGCCGAUGGAUGGAACUGAACCUAGCAAUAAAAAUGACCAUUGACAAUGGAAACAUCUACGUAUAUCAUACAUUGUUUUUGAGGUUGAUCAGAGUUACAAUAGACUAAAACUUCUGGAGAACUCAUUACAAUAUUUUCAAGCGACCAGAUAUUAUAAUAGAGAAUGCGCAUGGAAGGGAAGAUGCUGAGCAUUUUCUGUGCUUUGGUGUUGAAAUCUGUGUCAUGAGUCUUAAGCUGUGAGGCUGUUGGCUUUUUUGUAAAGUGACCCUUCUUUUCAGAUGUUCCUGCCAGAUCUCAUCAUAGAUGCUGAGAAGCAACCAGAGCAAGAUUCCAUAUGAGAUCAGAUCAUCUCUGCACCCAAAUUUAGGGCCAAAACCUGGAAAAAUAAUCACAUAGUUUGACUGCAGUUUUGCAUAGAAGCUAUUCUCCAUAAACGAUUCCCAAGGACAUAGAGGCUGGAUUUUAGACAGACCAGCUGGCUCAGAACUUUCACAGUAUUGUAGCUCCCGCCAAUGCAGUAAUUAUUUUCACCGUUCAGAGGAUUCUUUUAUCCAAAUCACUUAUGUAGCAUAAUUACACCGUUUGCUUAUUUGCACAAUGGGAUAUUUUUAAACUUAUUCAGCUAUAAAACCGCACAGUGGCUGAGACGAGACCCCACAGUGUUCUGGUGCCUUCUCUGCUGUUCAGGGACACUGUAACCCUGGGAUCUGCAUUCUGUUAGUGAGCCUUUGUGACACCCAGGGUGGUCGAACUGAUUGCGUGUGCAUGCAUAUGCAUAUACUGCUACAAAGUAUGCCAGUAUAUUCUGACUAAUAAACAAUAUUUACACAGGG